AUGGCGAAUGAACCAGAGAUCCACGACCACAUGCCGCAUCAGAUGAAGCAUAAGGAACAGAAUCCCAUGACAAACUGGGUCUAUGAUGUCUUCUUAUGGACUUUCUCGAUCUUGGUGGAUCUCUUCUUCCGAGAAGUUCAUCCACGAGGAUCGUGGAAGGUGCCUCGACGAGGACCUCUCAUUUUUGUUGCUGCGCCGCAUGCGAAUCAGUUUGUCGAUCCUCUUAUUCUCAUGCGAACACUCCGAACUGAAUGCCACCGACGAGCUGCCUUUCUUAUUGCUGCGAAAUCUAUGAACAGAUGGCUCAUUGGGUGGUUCGCGAGAAAGGUCGGUGCUGUACCAGUUGGACGAGCUCUCGACAUGGUAAAGCCAGGAUCUGGAACCAUAUACCUCCCAGAUCCAGUGAAUGAUCCCCUCCUCGUUCGCGGAGUAGGCACAAAUUUCGAUAGCAGCGAAGUUCAAGUUGGUGGUUUAUUGGUUCUCCCAAGCGUCAAUGGCACUGCUGCCAAUGCUGAGGUCGCAGAAGUUAUCAGCGCAGAGGAAAUUAGAUUGAAGAAACCCUUCAAAGGCGAGGCAGCGAUCAAGCAAUUGACAGGCAGAGAAGAUCUUACUCACAAUGGAAAAUUCCAAGACGAGAGCGUAAAGGGGAGACCGGAGGAAUUCACCGGUUCGAAAUACAAAACUGCUCCCAAGGUAGACCAGACACAAGUUUACGAUGCGGUAUUCGACCGUCUUAGUGCCGAUGGAGCUGUGGGCAUUUUUCCUGAAGGUGGUAGCCACGACCGAACUGAGCUGCUUCCUCUCAAAGCUGGAGUUGCUAUUAUGGCCCUCGGCGCAUUAGCGGCAAACCCUGAAAGCGGAUUGAAGAUCAUACCUUGUGGCAUGAAUUACUUCCAUGCGCACAAAUUCAGAUCCAGGGCCGUCGUUGAGUUUGGAAACCCAGUCGAGGUUCCUCAAGAACUUGUAGAGCUAUACAAGAGUGGCGAAAGGAGAGAGGCUGUAAGUCAAUUGCUCGAUACAGUCUAUCAAGCGCUGGUUGCAGUCACUGUCACAAGCCCAGACUAUGACACCCUUAUGCUCAUCCAGGCAGUUCGAAGACUUUACAACCCCACUGGCAAGAAGCUUCCGCUCCCCAUGGUUGUAGAGCUGAACAGGAGACUUGUUAAGGGCUAUACACACUACAAAGAUGAUCCCAGGGUCAUUGGCUUGAAGAAAUCAGUUACGGAAUACAACAAACAGCUACGAUACAUGAACAUCCGGGAUCACCAAGUUGAGUACGCCAAGUUUUCGAUACCGAAAGUACUUCUGCUCCUUUGCUACAGACUAGGAAAGAUAUCGGUCCUUUCGAUCGGUGUCAUUCCUGGUCUUGUACUCUUCGGCCCCAUCUUCGUCGCGUCCAAGCUCAUCAGCAUCAAAAAAUCCAAGGAGGCCCUCGCCGCAUCUACCGUGAAGCUCCAAGGUCGGGAUGUUAUGGCCACUUGGAAAUUGCUUGUCGCUCUUGCGCUCGCGCCGGUUCUGUAUAACUUCUACACCAUUCUUCUCACGUACUGGACAUAUCGUAACCGGAUCCAAGGUUAUAUGCCAGAGUGGGUGCCUUUGUGGGCAGUCGUCAUUUUUGGGUACAUAUUCUUCCCGAUGAUCACUUUUGCCGCCCUCCGUUUUGGUGAAGUUGGAAUGGACAUCGUUAAGUCUCUCCGGCCGCUAGUCGUAUCUCUCAGCCCUGAGUCUAGCAAUAUCAUCCACAAGCUCCGGGAACGGAGAGCUCAGUUGAGCGCGGAGGUCACUGAUCUCAUCAAUACACUGGGUCCGGAAAUGUUCCCAGACUUUGACGCAUCCAGGAUCGUGGCCGAUCCAUUCUCGAAUGGAGCUGGGAUACCACCAUCACUAAAACACCGCAGAGGUAGCAGCCAAUCUGGUAUUUCUGACUCGGACACACCCUCCCCUUUCCCAAAAUCUAAUCCUGAUGCUUCCAUCGGCGCAGGAUCAGGCUCAAACGGAUAUCUUCCAAGAAACGAGUCCUUCAAAAACCUUGGAAAUAUUGGUCUCUUUGCCACCAGACCACCUUCUCGAAGCAGGAGUCGUAGCAGUAGUAGUGGUGGGGCAGUCGGGUCGGCUGGAUUCCCAUUGAAGAGUUUUAGCACGCUGGACUCUAAGAGUGGCUUUGAAGAGGUAAGCAUGAAGAUUAGAGGUGCUAUGAGAGAACGGGGUCAGAUACGGAGAAGAAACACCGACCAGGCAAGGCAGGAAGAGGCUGAUGAGAGUGAGGGCGAAGAAAGCAAAGACGAGUAG